AUGAGCUUCCCGACAGCGGAGCGGGCUGCGCGAGGAAGGGACCGUGGCCCCACUCAGGAGAGGAACGAGAGGCCCCCGGAGAUCGCACGUCUGCCCGGCUCCCAGCUCCCGCUACCCGUCCCCGGUGUCCGAGUGGUGCCCGGCGCUCGGGGUGCCAGUCCCCCAGGCUGCAGGGCGCGACCGCAGAGCUCGCCUCGGAGCCAGAGGCUGCACCGUGGCCUCUCCUCAGCCUCUGCGCCUCCAGGGUCAGGAGUCACGACAGCCCCCGUGCUCCCCCGGUCAUGCCCAUGUGGAGGUAGACUCAGCCCUGAAAGAAGGGUCAGAGGCUAUUCAUCCCCAGGCACCAAGCUGUGCUCCCUGCAGGAGCCCGGAAACCACUGGGAGGCGCAGAGGGCCCGGCAGGCGGAACCGGAGGCCCUGAACCCGCAUCACGGAGGGCAGCCCACCCCCGCCGACCCCCCAUCACGGAGAGCAUCUCACCUCCGCCGACCCCCCAUCACAGAGGGCAGCCCACCCCCGCCGACCCCCCAUCACGGAGGGCAGCCCACCCCCGCCGACCCCCCAUCACGGAGAGCAUCUCACCUCCGCCGACCCCCCAUCACAGAGGGCAGCCCACCCCCGCCGACCCCCCAUCACGGAGGGCAGCCCACCCCCGCCGACCCCCCAUCACGGAGAGCAUCUCACCUCCGCCGACCCCCCAUCACAGAGGGCAGCCCACCCCCGCCGACCCCCCAUCACGGAGAGCAUUUCACCUCCGCUGACCCCCCCAUCACAGAGGGCAGCCCACCCCUGCGGACCCCCCAUCACAGAGGGCAGCCCACCCCCGCCGACCCCCCAUCACGGAGGGCAUCCCACCCCCGCUGA